CUUUUUUUGUUAUAUUACAGAUAUGAGCUACAUUACCAGAUGAUUACUUUUGGAAAGGUCUUCUGUACAAAAAGCAAGCCAAAUUGUAAUGCAUGCCCAAUGAGAGGAGAAUGUAGACACUUUGCUAGUGCAUUUGCAAGUGCAAGGCUUGCAUUGCCUGGACCAGAGCAGAAGAGUAUAGUUACCACAGCUGGAAAUAGUGUGAUUGAUCAGAAUCCAUCUGAAAUCAUCAGUCAGUUGCACUUGCCUCCCCCUGAGAACACAACCCAAGCAGAAGAAAUUCAACUAACAGAAGUGUGCAGACAACUGGAAUCAAAAUCUGAAUUAAACAUUUGCCAGCCUAUCAUUGAAGAGCCAACAACUCCAGAGCCAGAAUGCUCACAAGUAUCACAAACUGACAUUGAGGAUGCUUUCUACGACGAUUCAUGUGAAAUUCCUACCAUCAAGCUUAACAUAGAAGAGUUUGCUCUGAAUUUACAAAAUUACAUGCAAGAAAAGAUGGAACUUCAAGAAGGUGAAGUGUCAAAGGCAUUGGUUGCUUUGAAUCCAGAAGCUGCUUCCAUUCCUAUGCCCAAGCUAAAGAAUGUGAGCCGAUUACGAACAGAACACUGUGUUUAUGAACUUCCAGAUACACAUCCUCUUCUGCAAGGGUGGGACACACGUGAGCCUGAUGAUCCAGGCAAAUACCUUCUUGCUAUAUGGACUCCAGGUGAGACAGCAAAUUCUAUACAGCCACCAGAAAGUAAAUGCAGCUCUCAAGAAGAAUUCGGGCAGCUCUGUAAUGAGAAGGAAUGUUUCUCGUGCAACAGUUUCCGUGAAGCAAAUUCACAGAUAGUUAGAGGGACACUCCUGAUACCAUGUCGAACAGCUAUGCGGGGGAGCUUUCCACUGAAUGGCACCUAUUUCCAAGUCAAUGAGGUAUUUGCUGAUCAUGUCUCAAGUAUUGACCCAAUCAGUGUACCCCGAAGUUGGAUCUGGAACCUCAAUAGGCGAACAGUAUAUUUUGGAACCUCUGUACCAACAAUAUUUAAAGGUUUAACAACACAAGAAAUUCAACAAUGCUUUUGGAGGGGUAAGAUUUAAUUCACAUUCACAGAAUGUAAUACUGCUUUGUUAAUUCAAUAUCCUACUUUAGCCGGUUUUCGUUGGUGUGAUUAACAUCACUAAAUUGCAUUUUUAGGCAUACUUUCAGGGUCAAAGGACUAAAUAAAUGCAGUUCUCCCGCUGCAUUUGCUAAAAACACUAGACGCCACCAUAAUAUGCCACCUUACAUUUACAGCUUUUAGGUUAAUUUUGCAAGCAUCUAUGCAUUAUAUAUGCAUAUACUUCUAUUAUCGUAAGUGCUACUAAAGCUUGUUUGGUUCGAUUGCACAAAUCAACAGCACUAUGCUAACAAAAUCAAAGAUAACCAACAAAUGAACCAAAACCAUAACUUCCUUCGUAAGCAAUGAGAAAGAUAUGAAACCUAAUUACUAGAGUAAAUUAUUGGUGUAGCGAAGGGUGCCUUGUUUUUGUCUUCAUCUCAUCCAGAAGCAUUUUUUGACCUAUUGAAGCCUAUUUAGCAAUUUGCACUUUCCCCCUACAGUGCACUAUGGUAUCAAAACUCCUUCAACGGUAACUGAAAUACUUGAUAGCAAUUCCCUUGUGCCAUAGCAGCCCAUUCCAAAAACACUUCGUCUAAUAAUUCUAGCAACCUUGUUUCCUUGUUUUUCAAUCGAGUAAACCCUCAAUUUUAUCCUAAGGUUUUACCCUCCCUCCUGAGUUGCCCUUAAAGUAAGAAAAUUAUAUGAAUAAACCCCGAAGUAUUAGAAAUCAUAAU